CUUGACAUCCUUAUCCUAGGUCAGGGGUGGGAUCUCUGAGGGAGGUGACUCACAGUUCGGGGACUCUCUUCAGGAGGACUUGCAGGUAACUGGACUUACAAGUCCGGGGAACUCUCCUCUGCUGGUUACUAGGUACUGUCUUCUGGAAGGCUAACAGGAGCAGCUAAGUUAACAAGUGGAAAAAAACAGAUUGGUUUAAGAAAAGCAUGCCAUUCAGAUGUGGAUUCUGGCUAUUCUCUCUAUUCCACUGACUCUGAGAAUCAGGUUGCAACUAUACAUAAUGGGCUUGAUCGCUGUGCUGCUUUACUGCAGGAUAUUUUGCAAAAUGAGAAUACAGGAAUGGAGACAGUACAUCGAAAACCAGGGAAAGUAACUUCUCUUAAGGCUAAUACCAGGCCUGUGUUAGCCAAAGGAAAUAGUUCAAAAAAGAAAGGACUGAAGAGAAAUGUUCUUCCUGCCCAUAUUCAUAAAGAAACUGUGCCAGUAACAAAUAGGAAAUUAGCCUCUUACAAUAUACUUGCUGUUGACAAAGAUGGAGAACUUUCCAACGCAGUACAAAAUCAGCCUGUUAAACCAGAUCAUGUGCCUAUCAAUCAACAUUCUCCAGUGAUGCAUCAAAAACUUUGUGAGCAUGUGCAAACCCAAAUGUCUCUGAUAACUGGCCAAGUUGCAUCAAGUUGUAAUGGAAUUCCCACUGCAUCUGCUUGCCCUGUUUCAGAUCCUGAAUAUCAAAAUGCUACAGUAUUUAAUUAUCGUUUACCUACCUCCACACCAACUCUGUCACCACAGCAGUCCGCUAAUCCUUUAUUCAGUCAGUCUGGUGUUCCUGCUCAAAGUUACAAUCAGUGUGCAUCUCAAGCAGGAAGAGCUGUGUUUUUCCCAGUAGUUUCUGCUUCAGCUUGUAUUUCUUCACAGGCACAGUCUGUCACGACUGGUUCUCAUACGACACCCUGUGUACCACUAGUUGUGCCAAAUAAUUCCACAGUAUCUGCAUUUCUUCCAGCAUCUUAUGGUAGAGAGAUGAUUUCAAACCAAGGAAAUAAUGAGCAACGAGUAAAGGAAGCAGACUUGAUAAGAUGUGUACAAGCUCACCUGGCUCUUUUAGAACCACAUGAAGCAGAGAGUGAGAGGGCUGGUGAGAAGUACCAAAAGUUUGAUCCAGCACAGUCUAAGGUAUCGGAUACCAAAGAAGAAGAAACUGCUGAGGACCAUAAAGAGGGUACUACCAGCAGUGAAGAGGAGGACUGGAAUGCAGUUGAUAUGGCACCAGUGAGGGAAACGAGCUGUCAGACAAGUUUUGACAACAAAAUUCUAAAGCCUAAAAAAGCAAGCCCAGAAAAAACAGCCCAGAAAGUUAAAACAUUAAAAUAUCUUUUGGGAGAGCUCAAGGCACUGUCAGACCAAGAUGAUUCUGAAAUAUUAAGGCUAAUACAUGAGGUAGAAGACUGUGUUUCAUUACUACCAGCCAUAGUUGGAAGUACUAAUGUACAAGCUGAAAUAGCACUUGCUAUACAACCUCUCAGAAGUGAAAAUGCCCAUUUGCGUAGGAGACUAAGAAUAUUGAACCAGCAACUCCGGGAGCGAGAGAGAGCAGAAAAGGAAACCAGCCUGGAUUGCAACUUUGAAUUAGUUUCUCUACAAUCCCUGAAUAUAACACUCCAGAGUCAACUCAAAGAAUCUUUAAAGGGCCUUGAAUCACUGCACAAUAAAAAUGAAGAGCUCCUUAAAGUAAUAGAAAACCAGAAGGAAGAAAAUAAAGAGUUUGCAAAACUUAUCCAGGAGAAAGAUAGAGAGAUUCUUGAAAACAAACAGCAGCAUGACAUUGAAACUACAAAACUAAAAAUUGAAGUGGAUGAGGCAUUGGCAAAUGUGAAGAGUUCCCAGUUUAAGCUGGAAGCCUCAGAAAAAGAAAAUCAGAUCUUGGGCAUAACAUUACGUCAACGUGAUGCAGAAGUGAACAGACUGCAUGAAUUGACUCGAACCUUGCAGAACAGCAUGACCAAGCUUCUCUCUGACCUUACUGUAGACAAUGUUAGACAUAGACCUGAAAAAGGUCUUACAAAAUCUCUUCUAGAAGACCAUGAAAAACAGCUGAAUCCCAACCCUUUUCCAGUGAGUACUUCUAUAAUGAGUUACCUUAAAAAUUUAGAAAGUGAUCAGAUUUUGACAACUGGAGAAUUAGAAAUGCUGGGUCUACCCUGUGAAAAGUUUGUUGCUGAAGGAGCUCAUAAAAAAAGUACUCUUUUAGAGGAAAAAACAGUUCAAAGAAUUUUUCCCACCCUGUCAAAGCAAGAUACAGAAACAAUUAGUGAUUCUGGGACUCUAAUUGAAGAACACAAACUGGAUGAGACCAUUUAUAUUCCAUUGACUAGCAGUGCCUCUAAGAAACAGCCAUCAAUAUCGGAAAGAAAUACAUGUGCACAACACCAGGUUAGUAUGACUUCCAAGAAGAUGGACUACAGCUGUGGACUUUCUGACUCUCAGAAGCAGAAUGAAUUUGGGAUGUUGGAGAAUGAAAAGACUUUUGAUAAAUUCAGCGGUGGCUACAAUUUGAGAAACACAGUAGAAAAUACAUCUGAAACCACAGGGAAGAAAACUGAGCUGGCAGGAGAUAAGCUCCUAGUGAGGCCAAAAGUAAGAAUUGGAACUGCUGAACAUUUUAUAGAUAAAUCAGAGACCCCUCAAUCUGAUACAUAUCUUUACACUCACAUACCACAUCAGAAUGAGAAUAUUCAGAAAAAAGGUACUGAAAUAUCCAAUUCUAGUUUCUGUACUUUUGACUGUAUGUCAGGAAAAUCUGAAUGGAGCAUCUCUUCCUUCUCAACAUUUACUUCACGAGAUGAAGAGGACUUUAAAAAUGGUCUAGCAGCCUUGGAUGCCAACAUAGCUAGAUUACAGAGGACUUUACAGACUGGCAUUAUGAAACAAUGAGCAAGGAAACUGUUUAAGAUAAUUGUUAGGGCUUUUUAGUAUUUUAAUAUGAUGUAUAGUUUUUAGAAUGUCAAUAUUUGUACUUUGUAUAAAAUGGUUGAUUGCUAACAGUUAAAUUAUGACUACAACUUAUUUUCUUGGUUCAAGAAUUAAGGUGCUGUUUCCCUUAAGAACUAUUUAUUCCUCACAGGGGAAGAGUUUUUGAAGCUCAGCAUUUUAAAGGAAUAAAGUUUCAUACUAUAAGCAAUAAAGCCUUUUUCUAUUAAAUAGGGGAUGAAACAUUUAUUUGGUUUCAAUAUACUUUUCAAAGGAAGUAAAGAUUUUUAUAUAUAAAUUAAUGUCUCAUCAAGCCCUAAAAGAUGACUGUCAAAAAGUGACCUCCUUUACUUUUGUGGGAAAUGUAAUCACAAUUUCAUUAAAAAAAAUGACUAGUAUAUUCUGUUAUCUACUAGUGAGCAAAUCUAAUAAAGUAGAAAGUUAGUAGGAAGAAUAUGCCAUCUCAUAAUUGGUAAUUA